AUGGCUCUAGCUGAAGAUGCCGCCUCCGUGCUAGAGCUCUUCAUUCACGAUGUGGCCAAUCUACCGGCAGAAAUAACCCAUUUGUAUGAAGAAAUGCAGGCAAAGGAGCAGCAGAUCCAAGCAUGCAAUAACAUCAUCGACGCUCGCGACGGCAGUCUGCAAAAAUUCGUGAAGCUCAACGGCAGCUUGGUCAAGAAUCCCAAGGAGGAGCCGUACAACAAGUUGAUCUUACAGAACUACGAGAAAGCCCAGACGCUUCAGGAUGAAAAGGUCCAUCUGGCGGAGAAGGCGGCUCAGCUGCUGGAUCGUCACGUCAAGCGGCUGGAUAUCAAGAUACGCGAUCUGACCAACGAUGGAUCCAUACCGCAUGAUCCCCAGCUCCCGUCGCUCUUGCGCGACUCGCCGGGGAACCUGGUUGCACCCACGUCUUCGACAGCCACAGGGACAAGCACGCCUUUGAAUCCGCUCUCUAUUAACGCCCAUGCAGGAUCACAGCAAAUAGCCAAUGCUGCCAUUGCGCGCCUGGCAAGUGCCGCCGGGCAGACGCGGAGUUUGAGUUCUCCUGCAAUGGGUGGCUCGGGUUCGACGAUUCUAAAUCAGACGCACAUGUCCAACGCGUCGGCAAUAGCCGCCAUGUCGGCCAACAACAGACAACGCGAAAUGUCGGUUGGCAGCGACAGCAAACGCCGCCGUCUCAACGCAUCGCUCGGCUCGCUCCCCUCGGCGAGCUCGUCCCUAGCCAGGCAGUCGUCGAUAGGGCCUGGGACGCCCAAGGCGGGGACGCCUGUCGGCAGCCGGGCGGGCAGCCUGGGGCCGCGGCCAAGCACGAAGAAAAACACAAAGACGGUGCUGCCGGGCAAGGCGAACAGGAAGAAGAUUGGCAAGGCUGGCAUGUCGAAGAAGUCGGCGCGCAGGCUCAUGGGUGGAUCGCGGGCAUCGCCGUCGACAACGGGCGAUGAUGAGAGCAUGCUCAGCGACGCAGAGGUGUCGGACGAGGACGCAUCGGCGCUGGGGCACGACGGAGCCGCAGACGACGACCCGAUGGAUCUGGAGGAGGACGCGGACGACACGCAGUACUGCAUCUGCGAACGCGUCAGCUUCGGGGACAUGGUGGCGUGUGACAACCCCAAGUGCGAGAUCCAGUGGUUCCACUGGGAGUGCGUGGGGCUGACGCAGGAGCCCAAGGGCGAAUGGCUAUGCCCCAUCUGCGACCCGAACUCCAAGUACGACAAGAAGAAGAAGAAGCUGCGCUAA